AAGCCUUUUUGUAUCUGUAGUCACUGGAUUGAAUAAAAUAGUGAUUUGUUUGCGGCGUUUUUGUGCAAUCUGAGCAAAGAAAUAAAUGGGCGUGUAGGAAAAGAACUUUUAUUUCUGUAUUAUUAAAUAAAAUGGAAACGAGUACCGAACAAACCCCCGUGUCUACCGAAACCGUUCCCAAUAAUGAACAGGAGCACAAUGAGGAGGGUAUGGAAGAAACUGAGGAUUACAGUUUCGAUGGAGAAGAUUAUAGGCAUUUCGUACCACGGGGUCGAGGAGGCUUUAGGGGUCGUGGCAGAGGUGGGUUUGAUUUCCCCAUGAGAGGUGGGCCUCCCAGAUUUAGAGGAAGAGGAUUUGGACCCAGAGGACCAAUGUUUCGAGGAGCAAAUAACGGAUUUCCAUUUGAGGGACCUCCUAGGCCCAAUUGUCCGCCAGGCCCAGCAGGACCACGCUUCCGGGGACCUCCACCGUUUGAUCCUAGUUGGGGACCGAUGGGGCCACCUAACCUGAUGGGACCGCCGAAUCUCAUGGGACCUCCAGGAAUGCCACCGCCACACAUGAUGAAUGGCCCAAUUGGGACAGGUCCGGGACCAUACGGACCACCUCCUGGAAUGGGACCACCAAAUAUGAAUAACAUUCCAGGUCAGCAGCAACCCCAGCAGCAACAGGCGCAACAACAAGCAAACAUUCCAGGCUUAGACCUCAACGGGGAAGUGUGGGUAGAAACAAAAACACCGGAUGGCAAGUCGUAUUAUUAUAACAUUCGUACAAGGGAAACUACAUGGACAAAACCAGAGGGACCAAAUGUUAAGGUCAUGGUGCAGGACCAGUUAGAACAAUUGGUGCAUGGAGCGUCUAAACAAACGGUUCCGUCUAGUACACCUACUUCUACAGCCACCACCCCCAGUCAAAUUAGUGAAAAUAGAGUUUCUCAAAGUAGUGAACAACCCCCUGCGAAUAAUGCAGAUGCUAUUAAUCAACUUAGUACAGCCCCUCCUGGUACAGGUCCACCUCCUACUCUUGGUGAAACACCAAAUGUCAACGUGCAGCCUACUGACUCAACACAGGCAAAUGGUACGGCACCGGCUACCGUUACUAACACCCCGACUAUGAAUACCCCAGCAGUUAAUACAAAUAUGAUGCAACCUCCUCCUAAUAUGAUACCUAUGCAACACAGAAUACCAAAUCAAUUUGGUGGACCAAUUGCAACACAGUUUGGAGCAGCACCUUUUGGUAUGCCACCACCAGGUUUCCAACCAUUCGGAGGCUACGGACCACCGCAAGCAAAUUGGGGUAUACCACAAAUGCCACAUGGUGUAAUGACCCCACAAGCUCCAGCGGAAGACCCCGCUAUAUUAGCACAACUUGAUCAAGAAUUAGUAGCAUCUGCUAUGGUAUGGACAGAGCACCGUGCUCCAGAUGGCAGAUUAUAUUAUUAUAAUAGUAAAGCUGGAGAAUCUGUUUGGGAAAAACCACAAGCUCUAAAAGAUCUGGAAAAUGCAAAAUUAGCGUUACGACAAAAGGCAGAAGAAGCAGCUGUCAACUCUACAAAUACAGCUGUAACUAGUUCUGCUGUCCCUAAUAAUAAUGUUACCACCGAACCUAUAAAGCAAGAUAAGCCGCAAGAAAGUAAUCAUGAAACCAAAGAUAGUGCAAAGGAAACAGAUACUAAUAAACCGAAAAAAGAGGAAGUGGCACCUAAGGAGGCUGCUAAACCUCAAGAUAAAUCUAGACCAAUUUCUAGUACUCCAGUGCCUGGAACCCCUUGGUGCGUCGUUUGGACGGGAGAUGGACGCGUAUUUUUUUAUAAUCCCUCUUCGCGUAUUUCUGUUUGGGAAAGACCAGACGACCUUAUCGGUCGUCAGGAUGUCGAUAAAAUGGUGUCCACUCCACCGGAUGCGGUGGUUGCUACCAAAACUCCGCGUCAAUCGGACACGAGCGAAAGCAGCGAUGAUGAUCAACCUACACCAGCGAAAAAAAUGAAACAGGAGGAUACUAAAAGUGUAACGCCUAAGGAAGAAGAGGAGAAGGAAAGCAAAAAGACUAUAGAUAUCGGAAAGGAGGCUGCAAUAGAGGCGGAAGUACGAGCAGCUAGGGAAAGAGCUAUCGUUCCUUUGGAGACACGAAUUAAAUCAUUUAGAGAUAUGCUUGCAGAGAAAGAGGUAUCCGCGUUUAGUACAUGGGAGAAGGAACUUCAUAAAAUAGUAUUUGACCCCCGUUACCUGCUUUUGACGUCGAAGGAAAGGAAACAAGUUUUCGAGAAGUAUGUAAAGGAGAGAGCCGAAGAGGAGAGGCGGGAAAAGAGGAACAAAAUGAAGGAACGGAAAGAACAGUUUCAGAAAUUGCUGGAAGAAGCGGGUCUUCAUGGAAAAUCUUCAUUUAGCGAUUUUGCUCAAAAACAUGGGCGUGAUGAACGGUUUAAGAAUGUAGAAAAGAUGCGUGAACGGGAGAGCCUAUUCAACGAAUAUCUACUGGAAGUGCGAAAGAAGGAAAAAGAGGAAAAAACAGCAAAACGAGAACAGGUGAAAAAGGAAUUCUUUGCGAUGCUACGUGAACACAAAGACAUCGACAGGCAUUCGCAUUGGAGUGAUUGUAAGAAAAAAUUGGAAUCUGAUUGGAGGUACAGAGUGGUAGAGUCGGCAAGCACGCGUGAAGAUUGGUUUAGGGAUUACAUUCGUAUGCUAAAGGAGGAGAGGAAAAAGGAGAAGGAGAAAGACAAAGAUCACCGGCACAGGGACAAAGAUCAUCACAAGUCAGACAAGAAAGAUAGGGACAGAAAGGAUGUUGAUAAGUACAAGGAGAAAUCUUCCAAGGAUCGGGUUGAAAAGGAUAGUUCAAAGGACAAGAAGCAACGCAGAAGCGAGGCACCAUCUGAAGAGAAUGGCAAAGAAAAGAAGGAAUCGGUUGUGGAAAAAGAAAGUGGAGAAAUUGAGGAUAACGAUGAAAAGCCAUCCAAAAAAGAAAAUGACAAGGAGGAUGCAGAGGAUCAGUCCGAUUCAGAAGAGGAUCGUGAGAAACAGAAACGAGAGCGCGAAAGAAGAGCGGAAGCGAGUCUUCGCGAAAGAGAAAGGGAAGUUCAAAGGACUUUAGCCACGCAUCUUCGCGAUAGGGAUAAGGAGAGACAACAUCAUCGUCACACAGAAGCGGUACAGCAUUUCAGUGCUCUUCUUGCAGAUUUAGUAAGGAACGGUGACCUGGCUUGGCGUGAAGCGAAACGACAGCUGAGAAAAGACCAUAGGUGGGAACUAGCGGAGAGUUUAGACCGUGAGGAAAAAGAGAGAUUGUUUAACGAACACAUAGAACAGCUCAGUCGUAAGAAACGUGACAAAUUCCGUGAACUCCUCGACGAAGUUGGAGCUUCGACUGAACUUACUGCGUCGUGGAGGGAUAUUAAAAAGUUGUUGAAAGAUGACCCUAGAUAUCUUAAAUUUUCUUCCAGUGAUCGGAAAUGUGAAAAAGAAUUCAAGGAGUACAUUAAAGAUAAACUUGUUGCGGCAAAGGCUGAUUUUAGGGAACUUUUACAAGAAACAAAACUUAUUACGGAUAAAACAUACAAAAAAGUGCAAGAGAAUAGUGCACAUUUAGUAGAAAUUGAAGAAAUCUUAAGGAAGGAUCGAAGAUUUCUUGUACUUGAAGCAGCAGCUGCUGAAAGAACUCGUUUAUUAAUGGGAUAUUUGGAGGAAUUGGCACGUAGGGGUCCGCCUCCACCACCUACUGCCUCCGAACCUUCGAGAAGACCAACCACAAACUAAACGAGGCCCACAACAAAGCAUGGUAUACAUACGGUGUCCAAAUAACAAAUCAGUGAAUGAAUUUAUAGCUGUAGUUGAAUUGAAGUACUUUACACAUGAGAUGAAUUAUCGCCUGUAAUUAUAGGAUUCAAUAAAUUUAACGCCAAUUCCACACAGCUAAAAAUGUGUGUCAUACUGUAAAGAUGCCAUAGUGUAAGCAUAUCAUUAUUUGUUAAAUUACAUUAAAAACUAGAUAACUAGUUAAGAGACAAAUUAAUUAAUAAUGUUUGAAUAGUAGAUUCGUAAAGUACGAAUUUUAUACAUAUUUUAUCCAGGUUUGUUGCAUAACCACCUCAUUCCGAAUAUUUUGUAUGAAAAUUACACGAGAAUUACCACAUCGAGUGUUUGCUACGCUCAAAUAAUUUAAAAGCAUGUGGAUGAAUUUCUCUAAACUGAUGUUAAAUUUAAUAAUUCAAAAAUAUAAUUAUUGUGUUUAAAAAAAAAAAACAAAAGAG